CCUUUCGGCCCCUGGGGAAAGAGGGGAAGCUAGAGGGCAGCGGGUGUCCGGCCCAGGGCGGCAUAGGCACGGCUUGACGCAUAGACUGACCUGGGGCUAGGAGCGCCACCGCCGGGACGCAGCGGCCGCCUGGCCGUGUGCUUUGCGAUCCUGCACUCAUUCCCGGGGAGGAGAAAGAGAAGGAGGAGGAGAGAGAAAGCGAGGAAGAGGGGACGUGAGGAGGUGGGGGUAUCUUUUUUUAAAAACACCACAGAUUUUUUUUUAAACCCAAAUUGGCAUUGCCCUCUGGCCCGGGCAGGCAGGGCGCUGGAGGAGGCGCCGCAGUAGUGGCACCGGUGGUGGCUGCCUCGCCUCCCCCUCUCUCUAUGUGCAUCUCUCCGUGUGGCGGGUCGCGAGGAUGGCGAUAGACCGGCGACGUGAGGCGGGAGGAGGCGGCGGGCCGAGACGCCACCAGCCUCCUCCAGAGGAGAACGGCUCCCUGCCGGCUGGGGAGGCUGCGGCUGCAGCAGCCCCCCUGGGAGGUCCGCCUGUCGACGUAGGGGACAUCCAGACCCUGCCGCCUCUCCCGGCCCCCGGGGCCCCAGGAGGCGCCCCGCAGCCCAGCUGCUGCUCCUCGUCCUCAGCACCUAGUCUCCUGCUGCUGGACUACGAUGGGUCGGUGCUGCCCUUCCUCGGGGGGCUGGGCGGAGGCUACCAGAAGACGCUGGUGAUCCUCACCUGGAUCCCGGCUCUGUUCAUCGGCUUCAGCCAAUUCUCGGACUCUUUUCUCUUGGACCAGCCGGAAUUCUGGUGCCGGGGUCCCCAAGAAGGAGCUGGUUUCGCGGGGGCCACCGCCACUGGCAGGAUGGGUAUUGGCGACUUUGGGAACUGGACUGGGACUCCGGCAACCUUCUCCACGACCACCUGGAGACCGGUGAGCAACCUGAGCACUAGUAGCCUGGGAGGAGCAGAGGUGGACUACACACUGCCCCUGCAGCCCCCUCCGGAUAGAGAAGACCUCAACUCCAGCAAUUGCCAGUGCCACCAAUGGCACUACCGCAUCCGAGCCGGUCUCGUGCAAAAUGUUGUCAGCAAGUGGGAUCUUGUGUGCGACUCUGCCUGGAAGGUCCAUAUUGCUAAAUUUUCCUUACUGGUUGGUCUAAUCUUUGGCUAUCUAAUAACCGGAUGUAUUGCUGACUUGGUUGGCCGGAGGCCAGUGCUGCUCUUUUCCAUCAUAUUCAUUCUGAUCUUUGGACUGACUGUGGCGCUUUCAGUGAAUGUGACAAUGUUCAGCACACUCAGGUUUUUUGAAGGAUUUUGCCUGGCUGGAAUAAUCCUUACCUUGUAUGCACUGAGAAUAGAACUUUGUCCUCCUGGACAUCGGUUCAUGAUCACAAUGGUGGCAAGCUUCAUAGCUAUGGCAGGACAGUUCCUUAUGCCAGGCUUGGCAGCCCUCUGCAGGGAUUGGCAGGUCCUCCAGGCUCUCAUCAUCUGCCCUUUCCUCCUGAUGCUUCUCUACUGGUCUAUUUUCCCAGAGUCCCUCCGGUGGCUAAUGGCCACACAGCAGUUUGAGCCAGCAAAGAAGUUGAUCCUGCAUUUCACACAGAAAAACCGCAUGAAUCCCGAGAAUGACAUCAAAGGAGUGAUGCCCGAACUGGAGAAGGAACUUUCCAGAAGGCCCAAGAAAGUCUGCAUUGUGAAAGUGGUGGGGACAAGGAACCUAUGGAAAAACAUUGUGGUCCUGUGCGUGAACUCGCUGACCGGGUUUGGGAUACACCACUGCUUUGCUAGGAGCAUGAUGGGCCAUGAGUUACCCCUGCUCACGAACUUCUACGCCGACUACUACACCACAGCGGGCAUAGCCUUGGCUUCCUGCCUGGCCAUGUGUCUGGUGGUCAGGUUCCUGGGCCGCAGGGGCGGGCUGCUUCUCUUCAUGAUCCUCACAGCCCUGGCCUCCCUUCUGCAGCUUGGCCUCCUCAACCUGAUUGGAAAAUACAGCCAGCAUCCAGGCUCAGGAAUGAGUGAAAAAGUCAGAGAGAAAUUCUCCACCACGUUUUCCAUUGUGGGUAUGUUUGCCUCACACGCGGUGGGAAGCCUCAGCGUUUUCUUCUGUGCAGAGAUCACCCCAACAGUAAUAAGGUGUGGAGGCUUGGGCCUGGUGCUGGCCAGCGCUGGCUUCGGAAUGCUGACUGCACCGAUCAUAGAGCUGCACAACCAGAAGGGCUACUUCCUCCACCACAUCAUCUUUGCCUGCUGUACCCUCAUCUGCAUCAUCUGCAUCCUCCUCCUGCCAGAGAGCAAGAACCAGAACCUGCCAGAGAACAUCCUCAAUGGGGAACAUUACACGCGGCAGCCCCUCCUGCCCCACAAGAAGGGAGAGCAGCCCCUCCUGCUCACAAACUCAGAACUCAAGGAUUACUCCGGCCUCCACGACGUGGCCGCCAUGGGGGACGGGCUGCCGGAAAAUGCCACAGCAAAUGGGAUGAAGUCCAUGUAACUGGGCUGGUUUGGUCACUUCAGGAGGGGAGCCCUUUUCGGGUCAGGUUCUCUUUUUGUCUGGCACAGGUUUUACAGACCUGUAACGAUGGCAGGUAUGGCCAGCUUGGAAAGGAAAGGUCAGAUCUGCUGCUAAAGCCACUUAAAUCCCAGGAGACUUUCACCCGGGGUGAGGAAAUUUCGGCCAACUGGAAAGCAUCAGGAUGAUGUAUUUGAGGGAAGAAACUGGCUGGAAAGAUACCUUCAAAGAUCUUCUUUUUCUGCCAUUAAAUGUUUGUAUUUAUUUUGGUCAUUUUUACAAGAAGCACUUUAUUCCCUUUUCCUCUCAUUAAUCACAAAUUAAAAUGAACCUUCUCUUAUGGAGAGGUACAGCCAUUCCAAGAAAGAGACCUUAAGAAGCAAAGCAAAAAAAAAAAAAUCCAAACCUGAAAGAGGCAUCUUUUCUAUAGAAGAUGAACACACUAUGACCCAGGAGAGCAAAAAGUGAUUUCUUCCUGUCCCUAAACCCUCAAACUGCCUGUGGGUAUAAGCAAAUGAUGCUGUUGUGAAUCCAUUAGGUUUUGAUGGUGUGUCUGUAUGUGGUUUAAAACAAGUCAGAUGUCAUUCUCUACAUGUAAGGUAAGACCUUCCCAUUUCACAAUUAGAUUAAGCAGUUCACAAAUCCCAAUAAAGCAGGUAUGUGGGUCUUCUUUUGUAUUGAAUAACGAUGUUUGAAGCUCCUUUGGGAAAAAUCCUAAGCAUUUCAUUCCAAAUGAAGAAAACCCAAAAUGGCUGUGGAUCCAGUUUUCUGAUGCCAGGGCUGCCUAAUGAAGUGGAUAAAUCAAUAAUAGGUGUACCGAGGCAGGACACAGCGUAAGAACUUGAGACUCAUCCCCCUACCCAGAUGCCUUUCAGCUAAAAUCUCCCUAGUCCAUUAGCAGCACCCGCUGCAGACUCUACUUGAAAGAAGAAUGGCUACUUUCUAUUCAGCAAAUGAUACCGAAAAGUGACCACAAUGAUGGUAAAUGAAUAGAGGGAGGCGGUACAAAAACCUUACCAGGUAUACAUGUUGAGAGCACAGACCCUUGAGGAAAACACUUGCUUAUAUUUUACUAUCGACUCUUUCUGACAUGUGGGUUAUUCUCCAGGUCCUCUGUUUCUCUCAGUCUUUUCGUCCACUUCACUGCUUAUCAGGGCACAAGCAGGGCAGGAAAGAGAGAUUAACCUCAAAUCAGUCUGUUUUCUAUCCAAACCCUUCCAAAAAAAAAAAAGGAAAGAGAAUGAGAGAGAGGACAGAAAAAGGAAAUCCUACAAAACGAUAAAAACAAAAUACUUUUUUAAAAAAUUAACGCUGGAUUUUAAUUCUGUGCUCCCCUCCAAAAAAAAGUCUCAUGGGUAAUUUUAACUAUUGUGUGCAUUUGGAGGUCAUUUUGGACCUUCCCAGAAUUCAUCCACAGAUUCAUUGGCCUUCUGUCAUUUGAAGCCAUCCCCAGAGUAGGGAUGGACAUGGCAGUCUUGUGAGAAGGCUUCCUCAAUAAUGUUAACAUUAGUCACUAAAAUCUUAUAUCCUAUUUUAGCCCACUAAAAAAGGAACUUUUAGGGGACUCAGAUGUUACGCCCCUUUGUAGUAACAGCAAGCAAUUAACCAAGCAAUUAAUUAAUUAAAUGGAGUCAGUAGACCCCAUUUCCACACAGUUCCACAGAUGCCUAACUACUGACAACCUUUGGCUUUUACUUGGUCAAGCUCAGAGAAGGAUCAAGCUCAAGGCUUUUUUCCUGAGCAAGAAGUUUUUUCUGUCCUAGUCGACACCGUGUGUUAUAUAUGUCUUUGUCCUGGGGCAAAGUUAGAUCUUCCAAUGGUCUAAGUGCCAGGAUGGGUCCUGUGUAUCAGGCAGCCAUGUACCUGCCACCUGCUAUGUAGCGUGGUGUUGAAGAGCCCAGAAAAGGUGUUAAUGUGUCCUCUGUUUCCCCAUCCUAGCUCCUUACCUCAUCUAUGUGCCUGCUGUCUCCAUCGACCUUGGUCCUCCUAACAGUGGCACAACGUUGUCGCAGUAGGUAGCAGUUGAGUGACCUGUUCCUCAAUGCCGGGGGGCGUCAGCACUGGGGUGGGGUGUUAAUUGAAGAGAUGAGAUUAUUGGAAUGAAGAAGGCAAACCAAAGUAGGAGUGUUUUCUAAACCAUGUCCAAAACAUAAAAACCUGCUGCCGCCGUGGAGAACCAGGAUACACAUCUGGGUUCUAAAAAGACUCUUCCUAAGAAACACUGGAGCAGGUGAAGACGGACUUUAAAAGCAACCCAGUAAUAAACAAUCAAUGGGGAAACAGGCUGCUGUUACACAGCUGGCUUCAGUUCAGCUACCAUUGCAUUGUAUGACUGUUCUUACCCUCUGUAGUUGCUCGUAUGACUUAAAGUUGGGUCUCCUUUGUUCCAUGUUGCAAAUUUUCAGUCUGCAUUCACCUUGAAAAAGGCCUUUCUUUAGAUGUGUGCAGUCUUCACGUGCCAAACUUGUGAAAUACCUUUUGCCUUUUAUAGAGUACUUGCAACAAAAUCACAUGGCAACAAAAUCCAUGUAAGUAGAUGAAAAAUACAGAUGUGGCCUUGAAGCGAGAGCAUCAGACACAUGAGGGGAGGGGCGGUCAGCACGGGCUCUUUGGACCACAGACUGGACAACUGGGCACCUAUUCAUGUGUGCACAAAUUCGCAUAUACACACACACACAAAUAUACACACACACACACACACACACACACAGCUGGUACUCCUUGCAAUCCAUUUACUGUAACAGCUUUUUAGUUAACGGUAUCUAUGAGCAUUCUUGAAACUGCGGUCUGAAUCCCGUGGAUUUUUUCAAAUAACACGUAUUAAAGCUGUCCAUGCUCCUGAGCUGUCUGUCAUCUCUAGGAGUCACGCACAGUGCUUUACAGAACCCUUUUUGUUUCAGGGUCUCUACUCUCUUAACGUAGAAAAACAAUAACAACAGACAACAUCCAACAACAGGGCCAAUGAACAGAAAGAAAAAAAAAACACUAGAACA